AUGACCGCUUCUCCAAGAACGACUGAGCAGCUGGUUACGCCUGGCACUACUCCACCGACAGUAACCACGGCCUCAACUGGUGAAAAGGGAGCCAAGUCAGUGCUGCUUCAGACAGGUCGUGUUUGGGCGGAGAGCGGACCACGACGACUUCUGGUGCGUGUGAUGCUGGACAGCGGCAGCCAGCGUUCGUUUAUCCGCACCGAUGUUGCAAAGAGAUUGCGGUGUAGAGCCCUUGGCAUCGAAGAGCUAUCAUUGAUGACGUUCGGAAAUGCAAAGCUGCGGCAUCAAUUUCGCUGUCAACGCGUUUCCGUCACGCUGCGUGGACGAUUCAACAACAGCACCGUUACGUUGGAAGCACUAGAGGUACCUGAAGUAUGCUCCGCGACAAGUCCACCGCUGGACACUGAAGUGCUCGAGCUGUUGUGCGCCAGGAAACACGAUGCUGCGGAUCUGUUCGAUCCAGAGACUUGGCACCCAGAUGACAUCAGCAUAUUGAUUGGCUCAGACGCUUACUGGAAGUUUGCCACCGGAAGCAUCGAUCGCCUCAGCGAGGGACUCACUGCGGUCGAAACGUCUUUUGGGUGGACCGUACAGGGAACAAGCUCACCUCACGAGGCUGCAACGACUUGUGCCCUCCUCAUGUCAGCUGGUGUGGAGUGCGACGAAUCGGCUAGGUGGCGCCUCGGCACGAUUAGUAUUGACAACUGGAUGCCAAAGAAAACACAAGAACUCGAUAUGUUAGAGCAUUGUCUGAGCAGACAGCUGGAUGUUACCAAGAGCCUUCCAUGA